CCAGCUAUUCAAGAGCCUUCAUCCGUAAACUUUACGAUAACUUUAUCUUCCCAUUUUGUACUGCAAUAGUUUAUGUGAAAGCUUUCGUUAAAACGGGAAAGUCACGUUGUUGGAUCAGCUAUCAGCAAAAAUGAGAGCGUUGUUGAAUUGCGUUUUUGUUUUGUUGUGCAUCAAAUUAGACCGUUACGUCCAUGCUGAUGAGACAGAGACUGGUUUAUUAACAGAUCCAUACCUCGAAGUGUUACAAUUUUAUAAUAUACCGUCGGAACGAAACUUUACGGUUGAAGUUCUGGGACAAUUAAUUCACGACUUUGUUGAGAGGAUCCACUGUGAUGAAGAGGCACAAGACCACGGAGAGGACACGGAAGCUUGUCCUGAUAAAUUCUGCAUGAAUGUUUCCAGUGUUCUUGCAAGUCUCAACGAAGGAAAUAUUACAUACAUUACGAAAGAGACAUUCGAAAAGAUCUCGGUGAUUCUGCUAGAUAUUGCAGUUGGUUUUAACGAAUCUUGUCACACUGAAAUUAUCCUAAGAGAAGAUGGGUUUGAAGCCUACAAAAACGACCUAAAGAACAGGUUCUCUGGCGACAAUGGUACUAGAGGGUUAUGGCUUGUAGCAAUACAACAAUCACUGGAAUUUAUCAUCCUUGACGAACUUCACUCUCAUAACGAGGAAGUUGGGUCUCAUGACGACGAUGGUGAGCCUCACUCUGAUAACGACGAAGCUGAAACUUCUGCGGCGGAGGAGGGGCACGAAAAAGACAACACACUUAUAUUUAAAGAAAAUUGUUUAGGUGCUGAUCUUGUGUUUGAACAGUUGGGAUUAGCGUUAGAUGGCAACGUUUCGGUUGACCAUAUUGGAAAAAUCGCUGGACUUGUUGUUUACCAUAUUCUUAAAGGAACCGAAAUAUCACGUGACUGUAGAGCGUUACCGAGAGAGGAUUUCUUUUUCAAAGAACUCGUUCAUAUAUAUGGCGAUGAAAACAGUACUCUUGGCCCAGAAGGUUUUACGCAAGUGAUGGAUGCUCUUCAGAUAGGAGGUGUACAUGCGCAGUUAGAGACAGCGGAAGAUGACCAUGACCAUAGAAGAAAAAGAAGCGUUGGAAAGUUCGAAAUGGACUUUAAAACAUUAUGGCAGAACGUAUGUUAUACUGAUGAACAAUUACUGGCAAUUUUCCAUGCACAUGACAGCAACAUUCCGGCAGAGAAAUUUAGCGCCAUGUGUCCUGCUCUUAUACAACAAAAGCUUUCAGGCGUCUGUGUACAGAGCGAGCAAGAAUCUAACCAACAGGGGGCGCAACCAUCAAAACUCGAGAGGUACGGAUACGGAAGCCUGGCAACAAUCAUAGUGUGUUUAUGCUCUGUAGUAGGCGCGUUUGUCGUCAAGUUCAGCAGCGAUAAGGCGUAUGAUAUCAUCAUGGCGUUGUUUCUUGGGCUUGCCGUCGGCACACUCUUCGCAGACGCCAUGAUACAUCUCCUGCCAAUGGCGCUUGGUAUUCACGGUCAUUCUGAGACAGAUAACCACGGUAAUGGAGAAGAGGAUCAUGGUCACGGGGAAGGAGACAUUGUGGUGGAGGAGUAUGUCUGGUUUUCCCUUGUGGCUUGUGCUGGUUUAUAUUUCUUCUACCUGUUUGAAAAGAUCUUGACACUGGUACGAAGACAGAAUGUUCACAGUCACGGACGGAAUAUGUCAGAUCAACAGAUGCAUGAAGAGAUAAAUAUUUCGCAAGCCAACAAAUAUACUGUAGAAACAAAAGAGAAUGUAGAAGACGCCAAAGCAGAAUCAAAGAAACGUACUUCAAGCAUUGCUGUUAUGGUGUUGAUGGGAGACGCUGUGCACAAUUUUGCUGAUGGUGUAGCCCUUGGUGCAGCCUUCUCAUCCAGCUUGGCGCUAGGCUUGUCAACUACCAUAGCAAUAUUCUGUCAUGAACUUCCGCAUGAACUCGGCGACUUUGCUAUCUUACUCGCCAGUGGUGUUUCUUUUGGUCGAGCUUUGUUCUGGAACUUUUUGGUUUCUCUCACCGCCAUGAUUGGCUUGUAUGUGGGCUUGGCUAUAUCUGAUGACGAAACAGUCAAGCAAUGGAUCGUUGCCGUCGCAGCUGGGUUGUUCAUAUAUAUUUCUCUUGUGGAUAUGAUGCCGCAAUUGCUGCAGAGGUCCGCACAUGGAGUUCGUGAUUUCAUUCUGAACAAUAUAGGAAUGCUUCUUGGAGCUGGCGCCAUGGUUAUUCUUGCAAUAUUCGAAGAACGGAUAAGCGUUUCAGUGUGAACCUAAAUGACAUUGCACUAAUUCUAUGCAAAGUAUAUACAACAUUGACUGUCAUAAAAUUGUUGCCUUUUCAAUAUAUGGAUUCGUCAAUUUUAGUACAGAAUGCAUGAAGAUUAGGAUAAUGUGACUGUAAUAAUCAUAACAGAUUAAAAUGGUACAGAUCCCCUUUUUUCAACAGUAUAGUAGCAUAUUUCUGCCGUAAAUUAAGUGCUAAAAUUUGCGUUAAAUAAAUAUCAAGAAAGUU